GUACGCCGAGUGAGAAGAUGCAACAGUUCUUCUCCGGACUCGGAUGACACGUACGGCGGCGAGGAAGACGAAGUGGGAUUAGGCAAGGACGAUCAGUAUCUUGUCAGUGACAGAACGGAAAAUAAGUUCUACGGUAGCGUGCACGCGGCCGCGGCUGCUUCAAGUUGUGGUAGCACUCACCAAUAUCCCGGAAAUACGCCGAUUAUCGGGCCGCCGUUGAAUUAUCUACAGCGUCGAUUGCAGGCAGCGCAAUAUCUUUGCCCCGCUAUAUUCCCAUGGGUGGACAGAGGUCCAGCGACGGAGGCAUCAGGACGUUACGUGAUGAAACUCGUUGGGAUCUUAUAUUUAUUGAUCCUUAUCUUCGACCUGAUUAUCGUUUGUGGAAUGGGUAACAUGGGAACGUUUACAACAAUAUUACUAUUUUUCUUUCUUUUCGCCAUAAUCGGUGUACUUCUCGCCAUUAGUCGAAAGCCACAAAAUAGGAAUAGCGUGAUGUUUAUGACUCCAGGCUUACCGUUCGUCCCCGCGAUUGCCGUUACCGUCAACAUCUAUCUCAUCUUCAAGCUCAGUAUCUUGACAUUGGUCAGGUUUACGGUCUGGAUGAUUCUCGGUACGAAAUGAUAAUUUACGAUCUUUCGAAAUUUAGAAUGAUAAAUAUACAUUCACAUAACACCAAUAUUGUAUUAACAGGAAUUUAU